AUGAUUGACGCGGGGCACCUGCUGUUGGACCUGCUGUUGCGCAGACCUCAGCUGCUCCAGCAAAACUACUUGGAACUGGAAACAAUGGAGACGGAUAAGAAGUUACUCUCAUCUCCUGAACUAUUACCAGAGAGGGAUUUAUCGGAGCUAAUCAAAACAGCAACCAAGGACAGUCACACACGAGCAGAAAACACUGAGCUGAUGCUGAGCUUCCAAAGAGGACGGGUCUCCUUACCACAGUAUAAGCUUCUUCUGUGCUCGCUGCAUGAAAUCUACACAGCAUUAGAGCAAGAAAUGGAUAAAAACAGUGAUCACCCCAGUGUCGCACCAAUCUACUUCCCCUCUGAACUGGCCCGACUUGAGGCUAUCGAGAAGGACCUGGCCUACUUCUAUGGACCCGAGUGGAGACAAAAGAUUGAGAUUCCAGAAGCUACAAAAAGAUAUAGCCACAGACUAAGACAGAUCGGCGCAGACAACCCAGAGUUAUUAGUUGCCCAUGCAUACACCCGUUACCUUGGCGACCUGUCGGGGGGUCAGGUGCUCGGUCGAAUUGCACAGAAAUCCAUGGGGCUUAAAGGAUCUGAAGGCCUCUCUUUCUUUGCCUUUCCCGGAGUGUCUAGCCCCAACCUGUUCAAACAGCUGUACCGGAGUCGCAUGAACAGCAUCGAGCUCACAGAGGAAGAGAGAGGCCGUGUGUUGGAAGAAGCCAUACUAGCUUUUGAGUUAAACAUCCAGGUGUUUGAUGGCUUACAGGCCAUGUUAAGUCACCCCCAAGACAUGGAGCUAAAGUCCAUCAAAAAAAUAGAUGCACGCCAAUCCUCCAGUAUUGUCCCACUUUUGCGAAUGUUUGUGGGAUUCUUUGUAGCCUUCGUCACUGUCACGUUGGGAGUCUAUGUCUUUUAG